AUGACCACUACACUAUCCACUAAGCAGAGGCUCUUGACGAAAGCGGUUAAGCGACUCGCUGCCACAUUAGAGAACAAUGGGGACUGGGCAACAGCGACUCUGCAGCCUCCAGCCGAGGAUCAUGAACGGAAAACAUAUGUGAAAACGGAACGGUCAAGGAUUCGAAAGACGAAGAGCCCGUGCACAGAGCGAACGUCUAGAGCACCAAGAGAAACUUUUGGAAGAGUUGUCAUCCAUUGUGUCGCAGCUCCAACUAAAAGGGAGAACAUUGACAAUUCUUUCUUGCAAGAUCAACUUCUGGGCAAAUUCACGGAGGGAAUCCAGCGCAAUGUUCUGCGAGCGAAGGAACAGCGGCCCCAGAACGAUAACUGGGACGCUACCACACUGCUGAAUUGCGCGAAGGAUUAUAUUAGAACGGAACUCAAAAUCGUAAUACGCGUGGGGAAAAAGCGUGAUCCGCAACCAGCCCAUGAGCAAGCAGCAGACAGGAGGAGUCCCCCCUCAGGGCGAAGCAUUGUUUCAUCUUCGGAACGUCAAUACUCCUGCUUCUACUGCAGUAAAAAGGACCAUUCGGCAAAAGACUGCACCGAAGUAGUCACUCGAGAAGAGCGAUAUGCAUUCAUGCGCAGGCGUAAUAUGUGCCUCAAUUGCGGAUCAACAGAACACUGGGCUGUACAGUGCAAAGGAGGGUCUUGCAGACUAUGCAAAUUACACGGUCACCACACCUCUCUUUGCCCGCAACUCUUCUCGUCAUCACGGAAACCAUCCACCACCCACGAACCCAAGAAAUCACCGACGCCAAGUAAGGCCACUCCAAAGUUCUGA